AUGGAUGUUUUAAAAGAGCUCCAGUCCGCUGUCACGGAUACCUAUGAGCGAUCUUUUGAAAGAGCUUUUCGGACUCUGGAGUCUAGACUUGCUGCCCAUGAGGUAGAGUUGACAGAGGCCAAAAACCACGCAUUUAUUGCCAACGAAGCCCGUCAAAUAGCGGAAUGCAGAUGUCUAGCACUGCAACAGGAGGCCACAGCACUUCAAGAAGAAUUGAGUCACUAUGCAUCUAAACCAACCGAUCUGGAGCCGACUCUGAAAUGGGAGGAUAUCGAACAUGAAUUUGCUCCAGAGCACGUUUGGAGAACUCAUCGAAGCGAUACGGGUCGACGGAUGCCUUCCUUGGAAAGCAAAUACAAGGCACUAUACAACAACUUCCAAACAUACGGACAGACUUGGAUGGAUCUCAAAGCGAAGGUCUUACAGCAUAAAAAGAAAUUGCGCCAUAUUCAAAGACAGCUGCGACGUGACGAAUUCAUCCACAUACUUGAUGAUGGCACACCAGUCACAUAUCAAAGAGUUCCAAGAAUGAAUGCCGCUCAUGCCAGCAAGUCUGCGGAGCCUCCUGUUUCAUUGCUGCGAAACUUACCUCAAGUCUCAAGAAUCUCGCGCAGCGCGAUUGAGAGUGCGGAUUCUACAAGCCCCGAUCAGAAUUUGAUUUGCUCCGCUGCAGCUAGUCCCCCUAUUAAGUCGGAGCCCAACAGCCAAAAUUUGGGGUCCAUUCACCAUGCAGAACUGAAUUCCGCCAAAUCACCUCCAAGGCGUGAUUCGGAAACCUCGGAGUCGGCCUCCGAUAUGGUUCCUCCAUUGCCAGACUUACACACGCGAAAGAGAAAGCGAGAUCCGGUCACUGGCCAGCUCCAACGGGCAAGCUGUAUCAUUGACCGUCCAGUGCAUGUCAAAAAUGAGCCAACAUCGUCAAGCCCUUCACAUAAUUCAGCUUAUGCUCUGGGGCAGUUAAUUCCAAGCACUCAGGACUUAGAUGAUAUGGGCAGCGCUGUACAGACUCCAACAAAACGGCACAUGCAACGUACAGUGCGUUGGCACGACUCUGUUCCCCUGGAUUUCAAUGAUUUGUCAGGCCCAUCCACUGUGUUACAACCGGUUGACGGCAAUUCCAGAAACACAAAAUCUCUUGAUCAGAGACCCGGAUAUAAGAAAGCGAAGUUCACCGAUCCACGCGCCAUUUUGUCCAUAUCUGAGGAUGGUGACACUGGUGAUUCUAGUGCUCCUUCGCACCACGCAGGAACACCCUCUAUGCCUAGCCCAGAACUUCCACAAAUGGAAACUCAUUUCAAAGGCACCCAAGGCCGCCUUGAAGGCCUGCUUGAGAAGCCGUUGCGGUCUAGGACACCACUCAUGCCUUUUAAUGGGAAGGCAAAUACAGGAACCACCAAAGAACCACGGGGAAUUACUCCGGAGGGAGAAAAUCGCCCGACCAAUGCUAGCUCUUUUCAACAACAGCCGCAGUUACCCCAGAACUCUAUUAGCCAGGUUGAGCAAAAUAUAAAUCCUGAAGAUGAGCCAUAUAGAUCACGACCUUUACACCGAUUGACUCUGAACCACUUCAAGAUCAACCCCCAUAACAAUCAAGGACUGGACUACGCUUAUACCGCAGUUGUCCGCAAGAAGGAUGAUCGCAAAUGCCUCUCGGGUUGUACGCGGCCUGAAUGCUGUGGAGGCAAAUUUCGUGCAAUGGCUCGUCUUGGUGGAUUACCAGCCAAGUCCCCAGGAGAACAGAAGGAAGAAGAUCAACGAGUGUUAGAAGAGUACGUAGGAGAUGAUUUGAUUUUAUUGAACGGGUUGAGUAGCGAAGAACGUGAAAAUCUCCUUAUUGAAGCUCGAACAAGAGCCAUGGCAAAUCAAUAUGGUAAGCAUCGACAUAACCACCAGCGUGCGAGGUCGCCUCCUGGAUUUUGGCGAACCGAUAUGCCAUCUACGCAAGAAAUUGAAUCUGAUCGGGAGACCGCUCAAAGACUCGAGCGAGAUAAAGUAGAGGAACGAUACCGAGAAGCUAUGCGGCCAGGAGGGCUUUGGACCUGGGCAGAUGAGUAG